AUGGCUUUUGCAACCUCCCCAGGACAGAGGCCUCAAAAACAGUACAUUAACAAGUUUACUGCCUUCUUCUUUCGUGAAGUUGAUAGGGGCUUUUCCUCACCUUACGUUGUUUUUUCCACUGGAACUGUCCUCGCACUCGCCGGAUGGAAGUUCUUCAAGCGCCGCGUAGAACCAGAGAGGCAGAUAAAUGCCGUUUUACGGCAGCCGCGGUCGCGGGUACCGCUUAGUGAUGCACAUAAUGUUUUUUGGGGUUUCAGAACAAACAGUGGCACCGACAACACCUCCCCUCGUAGUCUUGGAGAGGCAAUGUCCGAGGAUAUGGAAGAGGCAUUGAGGCGGCCCAGGCUUCUGCAUAGUGAACCGAGUGAAUUACAAGAUAGUAGGACGGAGAGCAGUGGCGGAACGCAAGCCAAUGUAGCUUGCAUGGAACUGCAGGAAUACGAUCCGCAGUAUGGAGAUGACGUAGUGUUUCGAAGCGUACAUUACAUUUACAGCGAGCGUGAUGGAAGUACCUCUCAGGUCGACAACAAGACAGAGGAGGUUGUUGAAAAAGGGGAGGACUCAUCUUAUUUGUCUCGCAUGCCCGGACAUGGUUUGUCCGUUAUACAUGGCAUGGUAAAAUGCAAGUUUGUUACUGCACAAAACAACUGUGUGCCUUACGCCGGUCACCUUGAGAGUGAAUACGCUCGCAAGAUGAUGCUUGCACUUGGACCUGUGCAUAUCUUGCGGGAUAUUGCACGAACAUCGUUUCCCAUCCGGUUCACCACAGUAAAGGAGACUCCGGUCUCCACAUUGGUGUGCGGUUUGCACAGCGGGGAGGCACCGCGGUGGCUAAGCAACGCCUUUCCCAACUUUCAAAUCGACGUGGUGGAGCGCGACGGCGCACUCGUACGCGUUUGUCGCCGCUUCAUGGGCCUACAGGAGUCGAGUAAUCUGCGCCUGUUUAUUGCGGAUCCGGUAGACUUUCUUCGACGCAAUGCCCUCGUAGAUGUCUCUUCUGGGAAGAGGUACGAUCUCAUUAUGAUUGACACCCUUGAUGGCGCAGGGCGACUAAGCACGCAAUACGGACGACUCGAGUUCAUCAAUAGCGUGCGUAACAGUCUCUCGCCUGCCGGGUGCGUUGUCGCCGCCCUCCCAAACCGUGAUGCGGCGUUUCUUUAUCACAUGGUACAAAACUGGCGUCUCGCUUUCGCCGGACGCACUGUGCUCCUUGUGCAUUGCGUGACGUCACCGCACACAAUGCUGAUUACAUUUCAAGAUGAUGCGGAACGUGGUCGAGCGAAUUUUGGGAGUGUGGGUGGCGUUGAUGAGUUUAAAGACCUCCUGCGCACGAAGAUAUCGCAUUACGGUGUGAAGCGGAUUCCUUUCGAUCUCCCCGCGGAGGUGUCACGCGAUAACUUCCGUGUGCUGCACCCCGGUAAGACGUACCAGAUGGAUGCGUAUCUUCCUAGUGGACACCCACAACUUCGAAGUAUCGCGGAAGGUAAUUUUGUUUUUGGCGGAGCGUCAAAUGGAGGUUCGUGGACUGAGUGGCUUCGGCGGUUGGGCGGUUCCUGGCUGACACCGACGCAGCGCACUGAUUUGAAGUGGAUGGAAAAGUGA